AUGGCCCGGCCCCUGCCGCCAAAUGCCCAAGGAGUGGAGGGGCUGUCUGCGAAUGACACCCUAACCGUCGGCACCCCCUUAGCAGAGACCGGAGAAGCAAGGCGGAGGGAGGAAAGAGCGUCCCGGGCGCUGGGCACUGCACGUGCAAAGGCCCGGAUUGGUGGAGAGGUUCUGGAGGCUGCAGCAGGCUCCUUGGCCGCAGCCGGCAUAUGCGCCGCCGAGAUGGACCGUCACGUUGCCCAGCGAUACCUGCUCAGGCUGCGGUUCGGAAAGGGGAUGAGCUCGGAGGCCUACAGCAUCGUGUGGAAGGCAGUGGAUCAGAGGACUGGCGAGGUCGUGGCCAUCAAGAAAAUCUUUGAUGCCUUCAAGGACAAGACGGAUGCCCAAAGGACGGUCCGGGAAAUCAUGCUGCUCCGCGAGUUUGGGGACCGUCCCAACAUCAUCCGCCUCCCGGGUGUGAUCCGGGCAGAGAAUGACAGGGACAUUUACCUGGUGUUUGAGUCUAUGGACACCGACCCGAAUGCCGUCAUCUGCAAGGGCACACUGCUAAAGGACAGCCACAAGCGCUACGUCUUCCACCAGCUCCUGCGGGCCACCAAGUUCAUUCAUUCAGGAUGAGUUAUCCACCAGGACCAGAAGCCAUCCAACGUUCUCCUGGACACCAGCUGUUUGGUGAAGCUCUGCGACUUUGGCCUCGCCCACUCCCUCAGCGGCCUCCCUGAGGGGCCCGAGGGCCAUGCCCUGACGGAGCACGUGGCCACGCGAUGGUGGGCUCCGGAGGUGUUCCUGUCCUCGAGCUGGUACACCCCCGGGGUGGACAUGUGGAGUCUGGGCCGCAUCCUGGGGGAGAUGCUAGCGGGGCGGCCCCUGUCCCCGGCACGUCCCGCUCACCAGCUGGGGCUGAUCCUGGAGGGCAUCCCACCACCCUCCGAGGACGACCUCCUGGCUCUCGGCGCUGGCUCUGGCGCCUCGGUUGUGCAGCGCCUGGGGUCCCGAUGAGUGCCGGGCCCGACACUGGACGCCCUCCUGCCGCCCGACACCCCCCCAGAGGUCCUGGACCACCGCGAGUGACCCCUGGUGUUUGCCCCCGACAAGCGGCUCAGCGCGGCCCAGGCCCUGCAGCACCCCUACGUGCAGAGGUUCCACUGCCCGGCCCGGGAGUGCACUCUGGAGGCGGACGUGCGGCUCCCGGUGCACGAAGGAGCCCAGCUCUCGGUCACCGAAUAUCGCAGCCGCCUCUAUCAGAUGAUCCUGGAGCGCAGGGGUAACGGCCGCGUCCCGAGGGAGACGGGCCUGGGCGGCGUCCCCACGCCCCCGGCGCCCCCACUCAAACCCAGAGCCGCGGCCAAGCUGCCCUCGGGCUCGCCUGCACGGAAGCCCGGACGCCGGCCUCGAAGUAACCCCGGUCACGGCCCCGCGCACGAUGUCCCCGGCGGAGCCAAGGACCCUCCCAGGCAGAGCUCGGCCCCCCUGCACCAGCCUCCGCCCCCAGGAGGUCUUGGGAGAGGGAAAGGGCCCCGCUGGGCGACGGCAGGGCUCCCCUCGGCAUCCUGCUGGGUGAAGCCCAGCGGGAGGGGGGCGGCGCCCUCCUUGACCUCGCAGGCCGCCGCCCAGGUGGCCGUCCAGGCCUUGAUCCGGAGUGACCGGAACCCGGGCCGUGGUGGCAACGCGGCCGGCGCGUGACCGGUGAGCCCGUUCCUCCCCGGCCUCCCCGGAGGCCGGCCCGGCCGGAGGAUGUUCAGCGCCUCGGCCUCGCAGGAGGCCCAGGGGGCCGCGCGGGCCGUGCUCGGGGGCUGCUCCCAAGCCUACGGGACCGUCUGCCACUCGGCGCCGGGCUGCCUGCCCCUGCUCCCCGGACCCCGCGCCUGAGCCGCCCUAUGGGUCUUCAACCGGCCAUCCCCGGCACCCAGCCCCGCGCCCCUCCCCUAGUCCCUGGAUGGC